AUGGAGAAGCUUGCUGAAGAUUUGAGAAUGGAAAUCCUUCUUCGCUUGCCUGACUUUAAAUCUAUCCUGCGUUGCAAGUGUUUAUCCAAGUCAUGGUACUCAUUGAUCUCUAGCCCUAAAUUCACCGAUCUGCAUUUUCAGCGAUCUUCUUCCCAACACGCCCAUCGAUUCCUUUACACAAAUCCUCCAGAACGAAUAAGGUCCAUAGAUAUCAAUGCCUCAUUCAAUGAUCAUUCUGCUACUAUCGAGCUUGAUUUCCCCCUUAUCAAACCAUACACUGAUAUUAACAUCAUUACUUCUUGCAGAGGCUUUCUGCUCCUCAUGCUCGUCAAAGACCAACUUCUUUUUCUAUGGAAUCCCACUACAGGUCUCCACAAGCAGAUCUCAAAUCCUCCGCUUCCAUGGGUACCUACAAUUUCGUAUGGCUUUUGUUAUGAUGAAUCCGUUGAUGAUUACUUAGUGGUCGCAUUUAACUUCAAUGAUCCAUCUUGGUUGGAAAGCUUUGUGAUCUUCUCUCUAAGAACCAAUUCAUGGCAAAAACUUACUAUCAGUGAUAGUUACCAACUUCCCAAGAUAACAAUCCCUUUCCCAGUUAAAUCUGGUUCUUUCCUGAACGGCUCAAUUCAUUGGUUAAUCUCGUGUUGUGAUCCACCCCAGGUAGAAGCAAAGAUCAUUGCAUUGGAUAUAACAACAAAGGAUUUACGAGAAAUUCCUGGGCCACCUGAUGAUGAUGAUAAUUGCAUGAACUAUGAUCUGGGAGUGCUUGGAGGAUUCCUUACUAUAACUUCUUAUUACAAACACAACUCCUUGGGUGAAGUUAAGAUAUGGAGGAUGAGAGAAUAUGGAGUGAAGUCAUCUUGGACCAAGUUGAUAUCUUUGUCAGGUCAAAGGAAGAUCAGUUAUAUUUUGCCAUUAUGCUUCACCAAAGAUGGGGAAAUUCUUGCCGUAGAUAGUGGUAUAGGAUUAUCAAAAUGGAGUGACGGCAGUGGAAACCUACUAGAAUAUCUUGAGUUCUGGGGUCGUCCACACAAAUCCUGGGUUCAAUAUACUGAGACCAUACAUUCCCUCCCUUUGACAGCUAGUUUCCUCAGUACUUGA